GUUUUGGUCAGCGUGUGCGUCAGUAAACUGACAGCCAUUGUCGAAAGAGAACUUAUAGUUGUCAUCAGGGGUUGAGUCCUGUUGAAUGAAGAAUAACCUUUCAGAAUAUAUUAUCAGAUAUAAUUCAUUACCCAAGGAAAUGCAUUUUCCUUUGUGAUUCUUAUCGACACGUUGCCGACGAUAAGUCAGUGACAGCAUCACCCGGCGUCGGCUUUGAUCUGCCAAUGUAUUACUGACUGGCCAUUGUGAUAGAGAUCAAAGACAAACUAUCAAAUGUCUGGAUUGAUGUGCUCCCGCAUCCUCCAAAAAGCCGCAAGCUGCACGUUGUCAUUUAGUUGCAGUGCGUCUUUGCAGUGGAUGCAGAUCGGUGGUCGCUCAACAGCUGGGGCUUUAGGUGGGCGGUGCCUCUCAACUCGUCAGAAUAUGGACUUCCAGCUUAACCAGAUCCAAGUCAACAGCAUUUUACAAGCAAAUGAGCAGGCAGUGAGUAUCCCUUGGUUUGAUGGCAGAAGUCUCAGUGCUGUGAGAAAGUUUGAGAGCAACCAUCUUGCUGCCAACACACCUAAUGAGGACCGCCACGGUGCUGCCACCUGCCUACAGACGCCAGGAACGCUCUUCGGCGUGUUCGACGGCCACGGGGGCUGGGCCUGCGCCCAGGCGGUCAGCGAGCGGCUGCUGUCCUACGUCGCCAUAGCGAUGAUGUCCCUGCGGAGCCUGGAGGAGCUGGAGUGGCUGAUGGAGCAGGGCCGUCCGGUGCCGGCCGUCCUGCAGUGGUACAAACACCGAGGGGACGUCAGCUACCAGAAGUCGGCCUCCUUCUACAGAGAGCAGCUGCGGGUGUUCUGGCAGGAGCUGCUGGACCACGGGGAGCACAGCGACGGCAUGAGCCCAGCAGAAGCUAUGGACUAUGCCUUUAAACGACUAGACACGGACAUCUCUCUUGAGGCCCAAGUGCCCCUUUCCUCAGACCUGCUGAAGAGUACAGCCAUCCAGGUGGCGUUCACGGGCUGCACGGCGUGCGUGGCCCACCUGGACCUGGAGGGGAUCCACGUGGCCAACGCGGGCGACUGCAGGGCCGUGCUCGGGGUGCAGGAGGACGACGGCUCCUGGACCGCCCUGCCUCUGUCCCGGGACCACAACGCCCAGAACCCGGCCGAGCUGCAGCGCGUCCGGGCCAGACACCCCCCCUCGGAGACGGCCACGGUGGUCUCUGAAGACCGACUGCUGGGGGUCUUGAUGCCCCUGCGUGCCUUCGGCGACGUGAGCUUCAAGUGGAGCCGUGAGCUCCAGAGCAGCGUUCUGCAGACCCUGGAGUCGGGCGUGGACCUGGACUCCCUCAACAUGUACCACCACACGCCGCCCAACUACCUGACUCCUCCCUACCUGGACGCCGCGCCGGAGGUUCUGUACCACAAGCUCCGGCCCCAGGACCGCUUCCUCAUCCUAGGGUCCGACGGCCUCUGGGACGAGAUGGGGAGCCAGCAGGCCGUCCAACUGGUCGGAGAACAUCUCAGCGGGGUCCACCUGCAGGCCCCGGUGUCGGACCAGGGUCUGAAGCUGGGUCAGAUGCAGGACCUCCUGCAGAGACGCAGCGCUCGGGCCACGCGGCCCUCGGACCUCAACGCCGCCACGCACCUGAUCCGGCACGCCCUGGGCACCAGCGACCGCGGCCAGCUCUGCCCGGAGAGACUGGCGGCCAUGUUGGCCCUCCCGGAGGAGCUGGCCCGGAUGUACAGGGAUGACGUCACCGCCACCGUGGUGUACCUCAACUCGGACCUGAGCAAACCCCAGAAGAGCUAGGGGAGACCCGGUAGUCUCUCUACCAGACGGCCUCACGGGGUGGAGAGGACCGGAUCCUUCAGCACACACAGAGACGGUGUCCCAUCACGUUUUCUAGGAUAUUUCCUUUUAUUUUAACAGAUUGAUUUGUAUGUUAACAUGACAGUGGCGUGUUGUGUUUAUGUACGUGUGUAUUACACAAAUAUCUCGCCUAGCUUUAAUUGUUACCAUUGUAACAGAUUUGACACAGGUUGUUAUCAAGAUCCUUUUUUAAUUGUAAUAUACGUGUCAUCUAUGUGCAGACUUAAUUAGUUAAGGAGCCACAACAUUUGUGAGCCACGAUGCUCCAUCAACCUUUUACUGGGAUGAGACCAGUCCCUUAUGGCACAAAGAAACCAGAGCUGCCCGCUGUGAAGUGUGGCCACCAAAGAAUAUACUCAUGCGCGUUGGACCAUUUGAUACAAUUGGACAAUCAUUUUUCUUUUUUUAAUUAAAAAUGUUUACAGGAUAAGCUUUUAUCUAUUCCUUUUUUUGAGUUGUUUCAAUAAAGUAUGAACCAUAA